UGCGUCCUGCUCGCAGUUACGGGAGCGGAGUGUCAGACGGAGUGUGUCAGUGGGACCGGGGCACUGCGCGUCGGACAGCAGAAGCUGGAUAAAGCGCACCGGCUCUGCGCAUGUAUUUGCUAAUUUUUCUUCAAAGUGUUGAAUUCCGCUGCGCCUCUUAUCGGAUGCUGGAUGCAACACCUUUCCGUGUCAAGAAUACACGUCUGACGGACAAACCAUGGACAGUCUAGGGAGCCGUUGCAAGAUUGUGGUGGUCGGGGAUACGCAAUGUGGGAAAACUGCGCUCCUGCACGUUUUUGCCAAGGACUGCUACCCAGAGAACUAUGUGCCCACAGUGUUUGAAAACUACACAGCCAGUUUUGAAAUAGAGAAGCACCGGAUUGAACUGAAUAUGUGGGACACGUCAGGUUCUUCUUAUUACGAUAAUGUGAGGCCGUUGGCGUAUCCCGAUUCAGAUGCAGUGCUUAUCUGUUUCGACAUCAGCCGUCCAGAGACUUUGGACAGUGUCAUAAAGAAGUGGCAAGGAGAGACGCAAGAGUUUUGUCCAAAUGCCAAGGUGGUGCUGGUGGGCUGUAAGCUGGACAUGAGGACAGACGUCAACACCCUGAGGGAACUCUCCAAACAGCGCCUCAUCCCUGUCACCCACGAGCAGGGAAGCACGAUAGCUCGUCAGAUGGGAGCGGUGGCGUAUGUGGAGUGCACCUCCAAGGUUUCUGAAAACAGUGUUCGGGAUGUGUUCCACAUCACCACCUUGGCGUCAGUGCGACGGCCGCACAAGCCGCAGCUAAAACGCAGCAGCUCCCGCAGAGGCCUGAAACGAGUCUCGCAACUGCCCCUUCCACCUCUGCCGGGUCGGACUGAGCAAAUAGACCAGGCCCCGGCCAUGAGGAAGGACCGGGCCAAGAGCUGUGUGCUCAUGUAGAGACCUAUCAUUACAAAUAUAUAUAUAUAUGUAUAAACACAGAAAUAUAUAUAUGAAAGAGAAAGUCUAUUUAUUAUUUGAUGCUUUUUUUUUCUCGUAUUUUCCUUUUUUGCACUGCAGAGGAGUGAGAAAAAAGAAACACUGCACUGUGGAAACAAAUGCUUUGGAUUUCUUUCCUUUUUGUUGCGUGUGUGCAUACUUUAUAAGCUGUUUACAUAUUUGUCUUGUUUUGAAAUUAUGGCAAAUUGGACUAAGCCUCUGGACAUGAGGAAGCUGUGAUAGUGGAUGUGCUGUCUAGUCCCUGGAAUUAAAGUGGAAUUAAUUUCCUGAAACGGCUCUAAUAACAGGGAUGGCACGGCGGCGUAUUGACGGAGAGUGCGCGAGUGCGCGGAACCAUGUUGAAGCAGAAUGUCUGGAGAUGAAACAAAGGCAGUGUUGUCCAGCAGACAUGCGGAGUCGUUGUUUAACUUUUCUGCCUGACACUGCUUCCUGUUGCCAUGGAUGAGAAAAACCUGUAUGUACGGUAAUGCUGGAAAGGAAUUCUAGUGAAUGAUGGCAAAUUAAGAGCUUAAAAUUAGAUUUUUUUAAGACUGAGUGAAGAACCAUGAAGGUGUGUGCGAGCAUAACUACCACAAGUGCAUUUUAGAAGCAAAGUAUCUGAUUUUAUUUUGCUCAUUUAACAGCAUUUUCCUCGUCAGCUACAUUCAUGCCAAUUGGAUUCACUGUAAUGAAUGCUAUUGUUGCUACUUUAAAUAUGUUUCUUUGUGGAAGAUAAGUGGUAAAAUGUUAGGGCUAUUUUGUUGUACUUUGACUAAACUCUAAAAUAAAGCAAGAGCCUGCCUGUAUUGGGGAAAAUAUCA